AUGAAGAGAAUUAGAGAGGGAGAAGACAACAAGGGCAUAACCGUCAUAGCCGAUUAUUUGAUGCUAUUAUCGGGAUCAGGUCAAGUCGAGCCACGGCCAAAACCGACCUCUACCAACCGCGUGUUCACGUGCAAAACGUGCGAUCGGAAGUUCACGUCAUUCCAAGCGCUCGGAGGCCACCGUGCAAGCCACAAGAAGCCACGGCUAGAGAUGAUUGGUGGGGACCACGUGCUUCAGCCUCCGCCAUCAUCACCGCAAAAACCGAAAACCCACGAGUGUUCGGUUUGCGGGCUCGAGUUCCCGAUAGGUCAGGCGCUCGGGGGACACAUGAGGAGGCACCGAGUCGUGAAGAAGUUGAUGAUGCCGAAUAAUAACACUAGGGUUUUGUGCCUCGAUUUGAACUUGACUCCAUUGGAGAACAAGUUCGUUUUUGGCAACGUUGAUUCGUUUUGCUGGUGA